UCUAUGUAAUAACAAAAUCCCCCAUACCAACUCCUCUAUUAAUUAUCCAAAAGCCUUCAAAUCCUCCUCAUGUUUAAGAUGGAAUACAGUGAAUCAACUCCUACUACCACUACUGCAACAACCUCUUCGAAUUCGCCGUCAUCUUCUUCUCCUCCUCCUCCUCCUCCUCCGCCGGCGGUUGUUAUUAGCCCCUGUGCUGCUUGCAAGAUUUUAAGGAGGAGGUGUGCCGAUAAAUGUGUGUUGGCUCCAUAUUUUCCUCCUACUGAUCCUGCCAAGUUCACCAUUGCUCAUCGUGUCUUCGGUGCUAGCAACAUCAUCAAGUUCUUGCAGGAACUUCCCGAGACACAAAGGGCUGAUGCAGUAAGCAGCAUGGUAUACGAGGCGAGUGCAAGAAUCCGAGACCCGGUUUACGGCUGCGCAGGAGCUAUUUGCCAACUGCAGAAGCAAAUCAAUGAGCUCCAAGCCCAACUAGCCAAAGCCAAAGCACAAGCUGAAGUAGCCAACAUGCAGUUGCAACAAGCAAACCUUGCGGCUUUCCUCUGCAUGGAGAUGGCAGAAACCACGUCUGCUCAACCAAAUUCCCACCAAUUCGUCGACAACCCAAGCUUCAUGGAAGAUAACAAUUUUGGGUCUUUCUGGGAACCUCUUUGGACAUGAUAUAAUGCUUCAAGUAUUAAUUAAGGUCCCAUGAAACUCUCUCCUAAGGAGAAGUUGAAGGACAUUUUUAGAUUUUAAUAAAUUUAACUCAGUAAUAGGGUUCAAAUAUAAAGAAAUUUAAGUUACAAGGAUGGGGAUCUUACAUCUCUUUGUUCAAACUAAAAAAAGGAAGUAGAUAGGGCCUUUUUCCAACAUGUAAUUUGACAUGUUUGAAGAGAAUGAGAAAAUAUGUACUCCAUUUUUUUCCAUUAUUAUAAAUUUAACAUCUUUUAGGUCACCUAA